CCACAAAUAGAUCGACAUCGAAUCCACGUUCUUAUUAUAUAAAUCUAUAAUUAGCAUAUAUAUAUAUAUUGCCAUGCAAACAGAAAACUGCAAUCUUAGACAGGUAGUGAUUAGCAGUUUAUUGUUAUGGCAGGAUUAUCUUUCAGAAAAAUCAUCUUCAUUUCGUCUAUGUUCUUCCACAACCAUCUAAAGAUCUCCAAAUUAAGUUCCAAGCAAGGUGUCUGUAAUGAAGCACAAUUAGGGUUUCUAAAUUUGGAGUCUUUAGGGAAAAAGACCGACCUGGGAAAUCAUGUUCUUUUAUUUAAUGGUGAAAGGGUUUUGCUUAGAUCUUCGUCUUCUUCUUCUUCGCUGUUUCCUUACUUCAUGCUCGUGGCUUUCGAAGCUGGAAGCCUUAUAAGGGCUUUAGUCCUUUUGCUUCUUUAUCCUCUCAUAUUUCUUUGCAGUGAAGAUUUAGCUUUGAAGGCUAUGGUGAUGGUGAGCUUUAUUGGGCUGAAAAAGGAGAGGUUUGUAGAGGGAAGAUCUGUGCUGCCAAAGUUCUUUCUCGACGAUGUGGCAAUGGAGAGCUUCGAGGUUGUUCGAAAAGGGAAAAUGGCUGUGGCCAUUAGUGAUUUGCCUCAGGUUAUGGUCGAGACUUUCUUGGGGAAUUAUUUGGGGAUCGACUUUGUGGUGGGAAGGGAAUUGAAAACUUUUCGAGGAUAUUUUUUGGGAGUGAUGAUGGAAGAACAGAUCAAAAAUGAUGAGGUUGAAGCUUUGAUCAGCAACAGCUCUAACAAGGUUUUGGGGAUUGUUAAUGGCUCCAAGAAAUUGUGUGUUGAUGAUUAUUGUCGAUGGUUUUCUCACUGCAAGGAGAUUUACUCAGUGAGUGAAGAAGAAAGAAGCAAAUGGCAUAAGCUUCCAAGAGAUUGUUACCCAAAACCCUUAAUUUUUCAUGAUGGAAGGUUAGCUUUUAGGCCAACAUUCUUUGCUACACUAGCAAUGUUCACAUGGCUUCCCAUGGGAAUCGCGCUCGGGAUUCUCCGGAUCGCAGCUACCGUGACGCUAUGCAAUGCACUAAGGUUCCCCAUCCUACACUUAACCGGAAUUCAUAUUAGGGUUUACAAUUCCAAGAAUAUCGACUCAUCACAAGAUAGAAAGAAAGAGAAAGGCGCAUUAUACGUAUGCAACCAUAGGACGCUUAUCGAUCCUCUAUUGCUCUCAUUUUGUCUCAAGAAACCCUUAACCGCCGUGGUAUAUAGUUUGAGUAGAAUUUCGGAGAUCUUAUCACCAAUAAAGACCGUGCGCUUAACAAGAAAUAGGGAUCGAGAUGCCAAGUUAUUACAAAACUUGUUGAGUCAAGGCAAUGUUGCCCUUUGCCCCGAGGGCACAACUUGUAGAGAGCCGUAUCUGCUGAGAUUCAGCCCUUUGUUCACUAAAAUAACCGAUCGUGUCCAUCCUGUCGCCAUCAAUUGCCAUGUUACCAUGUUUUAUGGAACCACCGCGCGAGGGCUAAAGGUUCUCGACCCGUUGCUCAACCUCAUGAACCCGUGGCCUACGGCAUGGGUUCACUUUUUGGAAGUGGCGCACGUCGGAGGCAGCGCAAUGGCCAUUGACAAUGGAAGUGAUGAAGAAAAUUCAAAAUAUGAAAUGGCUAAUUUGGUUCAAGCUUCCAUUGCCAAAGAACUAGGGUUUACUUGCACUAAGCUUACUAGGAAGGAUAAGUACUUGAUCUUGGCUGGAAAUGAAGGGUUAGUUUGAUCAUUUUAAGAUUCAUAAGUACAUGUUGGUGUGUUUUUUUCUGUUUUUUGAAGGAUAAUUUCCUUUACUUUUCCUUCUUCUUGCACUCAUCCAAAGUUCUAUAUAUGUAUCAUACAUCCAAAGUUAUGUUUAGUUUCAUAGUUGCUUGUAAUAAUCGAUAGUGAUAAGUUUAGGCACAUAAGAUUGAUAGACAGUAUUGUAUGAUGAUAUGGCGUGAAAUCUACUUAUUUUUCUUUUUAAAUUUUAUCA